GCAUCGUCGAGGAAAUUGCAGACCGUUCUGCCGAUGUUGAAUUACUCGCUGAUCGUCGAUCGUCGAUUGUUCCAUAAUCGCCAAUUUCAGCUAGAGCGAGAGAGCAAGCGAGAGAAGGAGACUGUGUAUGUGUGUGGGUGUGUGUGUGUGUGUGUGUGAGCGCAUGCGCAUCUGCAUUAGCCAAGUUAUUUUAGCCUAGUUAGUCGGCGCUGCGGCCAUAUCAGCGAGUGCGUAAGUGGAUCGCGUCCGCUCGCUGCUGCUGCUGCUGCCGAUGGCAUUUUUAUGGCUUAUUGAAAUCGCGACGACAGUCAAAAGCGCGCGCACCGCUCGAUACAACACUCCGGCACCACGAAGAAAAUGUAACGAGCCCCACCAACACCGCCAGCACCACUAUCACCACCAGCUAAUGUUAAAUAGCCGUCGCUACCGUUAAGCGUUAGCCGUUAACCGUUAGCCAAACUUGUCGUCGCGUCAAGUGGCGCGUAAUAAAACCGAAAAAAAAAUAAGCCCAAAAAACCAAAGCAAAGCGAAACUCAAUUGCAUGCAUAAGUUAUAAAAGUUAUACAGAUGUCAUAAAUGAAUUAGUAUUUGAAUUAAAUAAUAAAUCAAAGCAAAUGAAAUCAAAGGCAAUCGUGACGCGACGUGACUAAACUGUGACCACUUAAUUGCUGUUUGCGGUUAGUUAUUACUUAGUUAUUGUACACAAAUUAUAAAGUGAUCGUGGAUUAAAAAUCGAUCUAACGAUACAGCGCGAAUCGUGCAAAUAAUUGCCGCCAGCUUAAAAAAUAAUUGAUUCAAUGUGCGAUUGAAGUAGGCGCCGACAACUGCCAACCAACAACAACAAGCAACAACAACAACAACCAACAACAACGUCAACAAUACCCAUCAAACACCACUCAAACACCCACCCACCCGUUCUAUUGAAAGUACUAUUUUUUUUUUGAGGUUUUUUUCUUCAUUUUUUUUUUUUUGGAUUUGAAUUUUGUUGCCUUAUCCUGUUGGCCAACUGGCAAAACACGCAAAGAGCAGCAACGUCAACGGCUUUAAUUAUGACCAAUUAUAAUCCGAAUUGUGGUUACUUUGAGGACUGCGGCUAUUAUACAAAUAAUGUAUAUCAACAGGAUUAUUGCAUGCAGCCGGAUUAUGAAUACAACAAACACGUCUACGACCUCUUUGAUGCCAAGGUGCCAUCGUCGCAGCGUUCCGGCUUUCAUAUAUCCGACAUACUCAAUUUGGAUGGCUCGGAGCUGAAGAGCGCGGCCGCAGCGGCAGCGGCAGCGGCGCAUCACACGCACAGCCACAGUGCGGAUCUGGGGGCAGAGUCCAGUAAUGGCCAUGGACAUCCGACGCCAACGGCAUUGUCGCCAACUCCCAGCACGGGGCUGCCACCGCCCAGCAGUGGGGAUGAGCAUGUGGCACCCGCCGCCCAUGCGGAUCAUCAUACCACGGAGCACAGUUCGCACCAGCAGCAGCAGCAGCACCAGCAGCAGCACCAGCAGCAGCCGCAACACCAACUACAUCCGCAUCUUCAUCAGCAUCCACAUUCGCAUCCACAUCCGCAUCCCCAUCCGCAUCCGCAUCCACAUCAUCAGCAGCCCGUGACACCGCUUCCCUUGUCGCAUCAUCAAAGCGCUGGCGGCGCUCAGCCGCCCAUGCCCCAUGUGGGCGCCCAUGCCCAUGCCGCCUCCGCCCAGGCCGCUGCCCAUCUGCUGGCCAGUCACAAUGCAGCGGCUGCCGCUGCCGUUGCCGCUGGUCAAUAUCUGCCAAAGAACUUUGCCAGCAGCUUCGGCGAUGAAAUGUCCUCCUACCAUCACAUGGCCCAGACAAUGCUCUCCCACUCGGGACGCAGCGCGUGGAUCAAAGAGAACGAGCUAUAUGGCACUCAGCAACCGGCCAGUCCCGACAGCACCUCGCCGGUCACCUCAGAGGUGUCGUACACGUAUAUUGGGUCCAAUUGCCAAACGUCGCCCGCUCUCUCCGGCGAUUACAAGAGCUACAGUCGAUCGGCGGACAGCGAUGCGUUGUCUGUGGGCGAUGCGUUGCACACGUUGCACGGCGCUGCUGCAGCUGGCGGCAGCUCGGCGGCGCAUGCGUUGCACAACAACAACAACAACAACAAUAACAACAACAACAAUAAUAAUAAUAACAAUAACAAUAGCUUAAAGCAUGAUACGGGCGCUGGCAGUGGAAGUGUCCACGACGACAGCCUGAAUGAGGAUGGCAUCGAGGAGGACAUCGAUGAUGUGGACGAUGCAGAUGGCAGCGGUGGCGGCGGUGUCAAUGCCGAUGGCAUGCCAAACAAGAAGCGCAAGCGUCGCGUCCUUUUCACCAAGGCCCAGACGUACGAGCUGGAACGGCGCUUCCGUCAGCAGCGCUAUCUGAGUGCCCCGGAGCGUGAGCAUUUGGCCAGUUUGAUACGCUUGACGCCGACGCAGGUGAAGAUCUGGUUCCAGAAUCAUCGCUACAAGACCAAGCGUGCCCAGAACGAGAAGGGCUACGAGCAUCCCGGCCUGCUGCAUGGCCAUGCCACACAUCCGCAUCAUCACUCCGCACAGCCCUCGCCACGACGCGUCGCCGUGCCCGUCCUGGUGCGCAAUGGCAAGCCGUGUCUGGGCGAUGGCUCCAAGCUGUCGCAGGAUUGUGUCAGCACCGCCACAGCGAUGCAGAAUGCCGCCGCUGCCCAUCAUCUGGUCGCACUGAAUGGCGCCGCCGCCUAUCAACAUGCGGCUGCUGCCGCCGCCGCCGGUCUCCAUGCCCAUGCCCAUGCCCACGCCCACGCCCAUCCUCAUGCGCAGCGCGCCGCCUGGUGGCCCUAAUAUUGCUAGGUGCCCUGGAUUCGAGUUGGGGCUGGCAAGCAGACGGGGCAACCAAAAUAUAUACACGUAUAUGACUGGUAACUCGAAUACUGGACAAUAAAUAAUUGUAGCCUGACUGACCAGUGUUGGCGGGGUGGGCAGUUUGGGUUGAGAAUUCGAACAAACAAAACAUAAAUUGGUGCAAUAAAAAUUAAUAACAAGGUG